CAAAUUGUCGCGGGCAUGCGCAGUAGAAGCUCCGAGCCCUUUAAACAUACUGUACGUGCAAAGAUGGCAGCUCAAGUCGACUUGCUCCGUGCGAAAGUGAACGACGAACGGAUAAGGGACAACUAUGACAGAUUCAUCAAAGAGAAGAAAAAGAAGAAGAAAAGGGAUUUGUCGCCGUCAGCCGACAAAAAAGAAAGAUUUGAGAAAGUGGCGAAAAAGGUGAAGCUCCAUCAUCACCAUCACCACCACAACCACCAGCAGCAGCACGCCGAGAACCGGAGCCACCAACCGCAUCAGCUGCAGCAGAACCCCAAAGCCCAGAACUUCAGCCCGGAUAAACACGUUCUCCACAUCCACCACCACCAUCACCUCCACGGCCGCCACCAUCACGGUCUCACCAACGGCACCAAGAAGAGCCUGCAGCCCGCUUUCCCAGCUCCGAAGCGAGCCGUGCCCACUCAGCCACCUGCACUCUUCACUUUCACGCCCCUCAAAGUGGUGAAGGCCCAGCCGCAGGAGCUCAAAGACAAGCGCCGGGAGAAGGAGCACAAGCAGAAGCUGAAGAAGGAAAACUCGGAGGCCAACGUUAAGCUUCCUGAACUGAAGAAGAAAAAAGAGUUGAUGCCCAACAAUGAAAAUGGAAAGUCUCUAACACUAGAGGAAUAUCUUCUGAAGAAGAAGAAAAAGAAGAAGAAGCAUCGUGACGAUGAUCAGGGUGCUAAGAAGGUCCGACAUCUGCACACCAAAGCGGUUCAGACUGUAUGCGCUGGGCUUGGGGCUGACCUCACAGUCCUUGUUAACCCUGAAGCUCCGCUGCCCGGCGUAAUAAAGCAAGAAAGCACUCGGCUUCCUGGCAGAGAACCUGCCGACAACUAUCCACCUUACCUCCAAGCGCUCAAAAUGGGUCGCGCUCCUUUCCUCUCGCAUCAGGACCACUACAUCCGCAGCUCCUGCCUCCUGACCGGUACCAGAUAUGGACGCUUUCUUCACGAGGAGAAGCAGCCCAACGGAGGCGGAUCUGUGCUGCAUGCUUACGCCGACGAGUUGGCGUGCCUCAGUCCAGCUGAGAUGGAGGGAUUCUCCCGGGAGUUCCUGGAGCUGACCUUUGCCGAGAAGCCCAAAGGUGCAGCGGUCUACGCCUUGACUGUGAUCCACGGCGCGGCUUCGUAUCUGCCUGACUUCCUGGACUACUUUGCCUUCAACUUCCCCAGCACACCUGUCAAAAUGGAAAUACUGGGCAAGAAAGACAUUGAGACCACCACUAUAAGCAACUUCCAUUCUCAGGUGAGCCGGACGUAUUGUUCUGGAACGUACCGAGCCGGACCCAUGAGGCAGAUCAGCCUGGUCGGCGCCGUGGACGAAGAAGUUGGAGAUUAUUUCCCAGAGUUCUUGGACAUGCUCGAGGAGUCGCCGUUUCUCAAGAUGACCCUGCCUUGGGGAACCCUCUCCAGUCUGAAGCUGGACUGUCGCUCUCAGAGUGACGACGGACCCAUCAUGUGGGUCCGACCGGGAGAGCAAAUGGUUCCAACGGCUGAUAUGCCCAAGUCUCCAUUUAAGCGUCGCAGAUCUAUGAAUGAAAUAAAAAACCUGCACUACCUACCGAGGGCCAGUGAACCCAGAGAGGUCCUGUUCGAAGACCGGACUAAGGCCCAUGCUGAUCAUGUAGGUCAGAGUUUCGACUGGCAGAGCACAGCUGCGGUGGGGGUCCUGAAGGCUGUGCACUUUGGAGAAGGGGAUAACCGCCCUCGGAUUACCAAGGAUGUGGUGUGUUUUGAUGCUGGGGACUUUAACGAGGUUGUCCAGAGGCUGCAGCUGGAUCUUUAUGAGCCCCCAGUUUCUCAGUGUGUCCAGUGGGUGGAUGACGCCAAGCUGAAUCAGCUGAGGAGGGAAGGCAUCCGCUACAUCCGUGCUCAGCUCUGCGACGACGACAUUUACUUCAUCCCCAGGAACGUCAUCCACCAGUUCAAGACGGUGUCAGCCGUCUGCAGCCUGGCCUGGCACAUCCGCCUCAAACAGUAUCACUCGGCCGAAGACACGGAUGCCACAGAGGAGCAACAGCAGCCCAAAGAUCUCAGCCCCACAUCAGGCCGAGUCUCUUUUUCCUCCCCUGCCAGACCAGACUCUACCCUCACCCCUUACUCACGACGCCAGCCAGACAGCAUCCACGGCGGGGUGGCCAAAACCGAGGAGCCCGAGUUCCAGAGGCCGGCCACGCCGUCGAAGGAGCCUCAGCCGGCCCCUCCUCAGCCCACCAAAUCCACUCACCUCCCCCACCUUUACCCCACCUCGGUCCACUCUGGCUGCACGCCCUCGAAGGAGCCUUCGCUGCCAAAGGCUAACAGCCACACCACGGAGAUCCCCAAAUGAUCCCAGCCAGCCCUUCUUUCUUCCAGCUAUAGCAGGAAGUAUUUAAAAUUUUAGACUAAAUUUGACAUCUGAGUCAAUCAGGAAGCUUUUAAAUUAUUAUUCUUUUUUAUCUCACAAUAAUGGUGUGUUUUUGUCUUCUUUUUUUUAACCUACUGUAUUGUUAUUGUUUAAUGGGACAGAAUAAUAUAUAUAUUUAGUUAUCGGAUGUAAAGAAUCUUAUUAUUUUUAAACUGAUAUUGUAAAUUGCCACACGUGCUGUGUGAAAGAAGCUUUUUUUUAAAUUUCACGGUGAACUUGUUUCUUGAAAACUAAUUCACCCAUUAACCUGGAUGUGUUCUUUAUCAUUAACAGAAUUUCUUCAGCUGCAUGAACCUGGCAUCUUAUCAUGUUUGACCUCUGAAACUUAUGAAGAUCACUUUAAUAAGCCCGGGAUUAUGUAUUUUCAUUCGAUUGAUUUGGAAACAUGGGCAGCUGUGUGCAGUGAGCUCAGCGCAGAUUGGGCAGGGUGUUAAUUUAGCUUGGCUGGGGUCACUUUGCGUCAAAGUAAGAUUGAAAAUCCCCCAGAAAUUGGAUGUCCAUUCUUCAGAGAAUCCAGUAAUGUUUAAAGCACUUUCCUUACCUCAUGUACAAAACGUCAGUGGUUUGACCAUUGUAGCUAAUUAUCAGGGUGGCAGCAUAUCUGGGAACUGGCAGCCUGAUGGCAACAGUAGUAGCAUAUCCCUGGUGUGUGAUACAAAUUCACAUCAUGGCCCUUGCUGGUGUGCUUGGUCACUGAACCAAGAUUUUGUAGCAGGACUGACCACAAGCCAGCCUAACCCUGGCCACACUGAGCAGGCAUUUCACAAAGUAACUUCUUAAACACCAUUUACACCACAGCAGCUAUGUGCUUGGUAUUCUGACGCCACUCUGGCUUCAACAAAAAAAGGAUCUCACCAAAGGCAACUUAUACCAUGUUCUUCACACUAAAACAUAAAAACAUGUGAUGAUUAGUCUCUAUCCAUAUAAAUUUUAGUAUGAGCAAAGCUGCCAAUGAAGCUGCAGAGAAGUGCUCACACCUCCAAAUUGCACAUGUUGACUUGUUGUUAAGCACCUGAGGGAAGAUUAAGGUUUUCUGUUGUCUGCAGUUCAAUAUGUUUGGGAAAAUUGUUUUGAGAGAAGAGGAAGCGCGAACAAUGUCUCAUUAGGUUCAUGAAUUAAUUUCUUUGUUGCGACUAAAAAAGGAGGAAGUGUUUACCGAGGUAUGAUCCUUCACAGCAGUGCUGUACAUCCUGGAGGACGUGCAGGAUUCUCAAUUUUAAAAUGAAGUUCCACAUUUUCUGAUUUGAUACUUGUGGGUGUGUAUCCAGUCUGCAGUAGGGUGACGCUUGCCUUUAAACUGAAAUGACUUUUUCUGAGAUCCCGAAGGCCGUCUGAAGCCACUAUGAAGUGGACUAAUUUCCCCCUUGAAAAACAUAAUGCAAUUAUGUUAAUAAACUUAAGGCACUUAAAUCUUUUUUGCCAGUUAUGACUUUGUAUUUACAAAGUCAUAAUUCAAACUUUGUAUUAAUGUUAACUCGUUUGAUUGUUUAUAUCUUUUUUAUAUUUAUUUUCUGCAGAUUCUGAUUUCUGAUUCGGUAUCUCAAGUAUCUUUUAAUCACAAAGGAGCUGCAAAAGUUGCACUUAGCAAUAAUAGUCAGUCAUUUUUCAUGUUUAGAAUGAAAAUGGAGUGUAAUAUGUCGUUGUGAUAGCUGAGAUUAUGUGAAUGUUGUGAUGGUUUUAUUGUUUUUUUCAUCAAAAUCCUUCGUAAAGUGAUGACUUUAGGUAGUUUUAGAAAGAAUGUCUAGGAUGAAGGCUAGAAAUUAUGUUCCAAAGCGUCCAGACAUUGGAUUGAAGCCUUCAGUUUCUUGUUUUCAGAAUGAUGUUUAGAAGGUAGGAAGUGAAGUCGUGCUACUUAGUGCCUUUUGCAUGAAUAGCCGAACUCAACACUGAAGGCUUCUAUUUUUUUGAUGACUGAAAUGGGAAAUAAGUACCUGGUAGCAAAUACUUUACACAUAAUAGUUUGGCUUUUCUAAAUCACAGAAUGGAUUUUUUGCUAUGUUAUUAUGGCUUCCAUAUAGUCUUGACUUCUUGUAGCUCUUCUUUCUUGAAGAUUUUUAGAUUUAGUUUUUUCCCCCUAACUUGUCGGCAUCAUAAAUUACAGACAGAAAGAUACAGGAUGCAUACAUUGUUUACCCUUGUAAAAUAAUCCAAUUAUGCUUAAAUGGGAAAAAUACAAUUGGAAUGCAAAGAGAUAUUUUUAAUAAAUAAAUGUGCAGUUGCAGCAUAUCCAUAUGCAUAACAUUCAAUAUUUAUCAGGAUUACCGUUUUAUCAUAUCGCUUUUAAAUAAUAUGGCGAAGAAGCACUGAAAGAUGCAAAGUCCGCUCUGUUUGAAAGACAAAGUGCAGCGCUCAUGAGGAUUCGUUAUACCCGUUUUCUUGUUUCACACUGAAAGCAUAAAUGCGAUCACAAUCUUCAGACACAUGGACAUUUAAAUUUAGUCCUAACAUCAUGCAACAGCUUUGCCUUGAGCACAAAAUAAAACUUAGACCUAUAGAAACUCACUCCAAGCGGUUUCUCAUAUCCGAAUAUUUAAAGUCCCACUUGAGUCAAUGUUGCUUUUUGUUUUAUAGAAGGCACUGUUCAGUAGUUAAAAAUUUGCUUUACUUUAUAAAUUGCACAAAGACUUCGCCCUUCCUGUGUGUUUCCUGAUGGGAGGUGCUGCUGCACAGAAACGUCUGUUUCGGCUUUUCUUUGCUCUUCUUCUGCUGUGUCGGAUGUUUUCUUGACAAAUUUGUAAUAAACCUGCUUCUGUCCCAAAGUCA